AUGGCUGGCCCUUCCUUCAAGUUUCGAGCGGGCCCUAUCCACCUGGGAGAGAAUGAGAAUAGCCGUGAGGCUCUAGUACGAUCUAGUAGUGCCCAAACCGAUACCGAUAUCUAUUCGAGGGGGCUUCCGAUGCGGACGGCGAUCGUUCAUGGGAGCUUGGCAUGUCUAUCCACCUUGGGAAUUGCUUCGUUGGUAUGGGGAUAUCUUAUUAGCAGCCCCGACUCUGCAAUUCAGCGUGCCUCCGGAGAUUUCGCUAUCGUAGUGGUUCUACUAUCGAUCUCUAUUGCCUGGUCGGGGCUCCACACGCUGUUUUUCGGAACAGUGUCCAAGGAUUUCCUGGAACUAGCCUCUACCGCCGAAGACAUCCUAAUUAUUAGCUCUCUUAUAUUCUAUCCCACAGUGUGCGGUUAUGAAUUGAAAAUUUCAGGGAUUGUGGAAACCUGUGAUUAUAUCACGAUAAGCGGGCUGGCCGUUGCAUAUAUGGUUGCAUUUAUACGAUUGAUACAGCUCUUGGGGAGAAUCAUUACGCCAGUCAUCCAACUCAAAAAUGCGAAGUAUCGGUCACUUCGACUAGGCCCAGAGUCCCACACCAAGACGCAUUCCGCCUGUGUUGGCUUUUACACCAUCUCAGCGUGCCUCUCAAUCCUAUCCUUGGGCAUGAUGGCGUGGGUCUACUACAUGCUUGUAAAUAUUGCAAGAAAAGAUUCCGGUCAAAACAUCCUCCAGGCUAUACACGGUUUUGCGGGGUCUAGUGUUCAAACCAUGCUUCUCUUGGUUGCCCUAUUGUGGGUAUUUUCAAAUGGCUACAGUGUGGUUAUGUUCGGCAGAGUGUUUUCAAGCCGGAUUUCAUCGCUUCUCGAGCUUGCUUUGGCCGUUGGCCUGAUGGGUGUUUCAGUUCAUGGAUUUAUGUGGUCGGCUCAGCUUAACAUCGCAUGUCCGCCUGAAGCAAAUUGCCCAAGAGCCUGGAUGCAGAUUAGGUCUCACCACUUUGCUGCAACUCUCUUGGCUUUUGUUGUGGGGUUGGUUCAUCUUGCGCUCUUCGUCAUCCGGCUAUACCCAAAUCUCCAGUCGAUGCGAGACAGUUUCCUUCUUCACCGUCUAAACAGUCCUUCCGGAUUAAGCUUCUUGCAACACCGCUCCUGGACCGACGAUGAGAUAAUAUUGUUCCUCAAGCUGAACGGAUUAACUGAGGAGGCGAGAGAUAAUAUCGUUUCAAUCCUUUAUCAGGUUCAUAACGAAGAUAUGCUACCGGACGAUGACGAAAAGCCACCCAGCAUGGAAAGUCCCUCGAGCCGCGAUGGGGCCCAGGAGAUGGCCGAUGAGAAACAAAGGAGAGAGGAGCAACUAUGCUUACUCUAUGAUACACGUCAAGUCCCGAUGGAUGAGGAGUGCGGUCUGGUUUGA